AAUGCACCUUCGAAUUUGGUUGUCAAAAUCCACAGAAUAAUAAGAAGGAACUAGAAGAAUACACUACAGAAGAAGAAGGCCAAAAUGGAGGACUACUCGUCUAAACAACCAGCUGAAAAUCUUGAUCAUCCUCCUAAUAGUCGCUUGUUUCUUGUAACAAGUCGAUCCGUUUCCGAAGAUGUUAUUCGAAAUCAUUUUUCCGUCUUUGGGGAGAUCCAAGGUGUAUGGGUCGUUAAAGACAAACAGACAAAGGAGUCGAAAGGGGUCUCCUACGUUAAAUUCGCCAAGUCUUCAGAAGCAUGCACCGCCAUGGAGGACAUGCACGGAAAAUGCCUGGUAGACGGAACGAAGCCUAUUAAGGUGUUCAUUGCCCAGUCAAGGUCUUCUGGUAGACACAGAGACGUGGAGGAUGAAGAGCUCACCAGAAUAUUUGUAAUGAUCCCCAAAACAUUCACAGAAGAAGAUCUGAAAGACACAUUCAAGGAGUAUGGUGACAUAGAAUACUGUGUGAUUAUAAAGAAUAAAACCACGGGGGAGAGCAAAGGCUUAGGAUAUGUGAGGUAUCAUAAGCCAUCACAAGCAGCCAUUGCCAUCGAGAACUGUGAUCGAGCCUACAGGGCAGUUCUUGCUGAGCCCCGAAGCAAGAACUCAGCUGCAGAUAAUGACUAUCACAGCAGUGGCAGAGUGGAGCAUAUGUCAAGUGACCUAGGAAUGAACCCCUAUUCCUUUGGAGUUUCUGACCCUGGCAGCUAUGCCUUAACUGACUACCGAUCCAGUGACAUCAUUACCCGAUGCCUGAUGGUUUCCUCAAGAGCUAGCGUUACCCAGGAGCAAGUCUAUGGUCUCUUUGAUCUCAUACCAGGGAUGGAUUACUGUGAGAUGCAGCGCGAUCCCUAUGGACUCAACAAAGGCCAUGCUGUGAUUCGAUACAACAACCUGGGCUCAGCUGUCUACGCCAAAGAGAAGUUAAAUGGCUUUGAGUAUCCCCCUGGAAACCGGCUUGUUGUGACCCACAUAGAUGACGGAGAAGACAGGACCAGUCCUGUUGGAAAGAUGGCCAUGCAGCUGGUUGCUGCUCAGAUGAUGUCAAUGGUUUGGAAUGGUCCUACCACCAGUCAGCCACUGAUGAAACCAGGUUACCGUGCAGCCUCUCCGAUGCCCCGGGUCCAGACAGAUGUAUCACUUCCUUCUCUAAAGAAGUUAGCGCCCCCAGAUAGCCGGGUGAAGGAGCGUCUCUUUGUGGUCUUCAGCCCUGCCCCUCUUCCCAUGGAAGUUCUGGAAGAUGUCUUCUGCCGAUUUGGUUCCCUUGUGGAAGUGCAUCUCGUGCCUGGGAGGAAAGUCGGCUACAUGAAGUAUGCAGAGAAAGAGAAUGCGGACGAAGCAAUGGCUGCCUUGCAUGGUAAAGUCGUGAAUGGUGUGAGGAUGAAGGUGAUGCUGGCUGACCCGCCCAGGGAACCCAGGGAGGAGUCCCACAAGCGUCCGCGGACAUACUAGCGUAACCCUUGGUAAAAGAGGGGACCUUGGACAUGACCAUGGACAUGACCAUGGACAUGACUGGACAUGACGAUAACACAACCUACAACUACUGCAGACAUUGACUUCUGGACUUUUUCCUGACAAUUGCAACUAAUAUAAAACAUGCAAUUAAUUUCUUUUCAUAAUGUGAGGUAUUAGAGUUGCGUAGCAAAUACUGCAAUAUAAUUACACUUGUUCAAAUGUGUAUGUUUGUACUCUGAUUUCCUCAAUAAACAAAAGUAUGAUGGUUUGUCUGGAAUUUUUGUGUCCAAAUUGCAGUGACACUGUAAUGGGCACUGAGUGUAAUGAGGCAUGUCACAUGGAGGCAUUGGAUGUUGCAUAACUUGUUCAGUCAUUAUUUUCCACAGAAUGCUUUUUAUUAGUGAAUAAUAAUAAAAAAAGUAUAAUAUUAUUGCAGCUGUAGGUAAUUUGAGUUUAUUUCAGUUGCGUGAUUGUUACCAGUCACUUAGCUGAUUGUUACCAGGUUUGUUUCAAUUAACAUAUACCCCAUCAUUUUUCAAGAAUGUAACUCAUAGUAUCAUGAGUGUUUGCCUCAUAAGUUUGUACACUAAAUGUAAAUGUACACUAACUUGCUGAAAACUGUAAUUUUGUUAUGAAUGACCAUUUUUGAGUUUUCUGUAUUGUCUAACCCUCUGUGUUUUGUAAAAACAUUGUAAUAACUCCACCACCCAAUCCUACAAUUAUUUUCUGCUAACAUUGUACUAUUAAAGGCGCAUGAAGUGGU